CAACCUCUUAUCCCACCCCGAACCUGUGGCUCCCGGCGUCCGUCCCCAUGUCAUCAUCCCCGGCGUGCCGUCCAGGGCUCCCGGCGCCUCGCCGGCAGGCACCGCUCCUCCCCCGCCCAGCAGCUCCCCUCUCCGCCUCGAAGCGGGCUGUUCAUCGGACAAGGCCUGCCCACUCCCCCUUCGAGCUCUCCUUUCCUGGCCGCCGCCGUCGUGCUCGGGUCAUCUCUUCUUGCCACGGUGGUAUGGUAGAAAGAAGGAGGCUUCUGUUGAUUCCUGCUAUUAGUCUCACCAUUGGCUCCCUUCAGUAUGGUGUGGAGAAGGGAGCAGCAAAAGCUGAAUUUACUGACAUGCCAGCGCUUCGUGGGAAGGAUUAUGGAAAGACAAAAAUGAGUUAUCCAGAUUACACUGAAACAGAAUCAGGCCUCCAAUACAAGGACUUGCGGGUUGGAGAAGGUCCAUCCCCUAAGAAGGGAGAGACAGUAGUGAUUGAUUGGGAUGGAUACACAAUUGGAUACUACGGUCGGAUUUUUGAAGCUCGAAACAAGACCAAAGGUGGUUCUUUCGAGGGUGGCGAUAAAGAAUUCUUCAAGUUUAAGGUUGGAUCAGGACAGGUAAUACCAGCCUUUGAGGAGGCUAUGACAGGCAUGCGUCCAGGUGGAGUUAGAAGGAUAAUAGUGCCACCGGAUAUUGGAUACCCAGAUAAUGACUUGAACAAGUUAGGCCCAAAACCAACAACAUUUUCGGGACAAAGGGCUCUAGAUUUUGUUCUAAGGAAUCAAGGAUUAAUAGACAAAACUCUCCUGUUUGACAUUGAGCUUAUCAGGAUAGUUCCUAGUCAAUAGUAUACAACGUUCCCCCCUUCCCCCAAAGUGAAUCUUCCUUCCCAUUUUCUCUUGUUCAUCUUGUUCAACAGAAUAAGAUGUUAGGAGCUUGGCUAUUGCAGGGCAAUUUUGAUGACUAAGAAGCAUACAGUUUGAGCAUGGAAUCAAAUCCUUGGAUAUGUAAAUAUAUAUACUAUAUACUUGAGUAUUAAUAAAAAACUUUGAUAUCGUCCA